AUGCGUAUCAUAUAUAUAUAUAUUUAUUAUAUAGAUAUCAACAGUUCAAAGUGGUACCUUACUUAAUUGCAUCUUCAUUAGGUAAAUUAAAAAGCAUGACUGAAGAAACACCUAAAUGGUAAGAUAUUAUAGUCUACCACUUGAGUGUCAGUUAUUACGUUAGCAGCGGGUAAAUGAUUUAUGCUCAUUAUAUAAUCAUGAGAGCCGUAUGACAUGUAGACAUUACUCCCAAUUAAUAGAUAAGAAAACUGAGGAUCAGAGACAUUAAAUAACUGGUCCACGACUACCAGGCCAGUAAGUGGCUGGGUCAGAUUUUAGACUUUGGGAAACCAGGCAGGCUAACUGAAGGUUCCACAGCUAACGACUGGGGUGGCUCACUAAUAACUGCUUAAGUUUAACUCAGUUUAUCCAAGAGGCAGCCCUAGCCCAGAGCCCAGGGAUCACCUAGUGGCCCAGUUUAAAGUCACCAGAAACUCGGGACCCGCCUCUUCGCUCGGCGCAGGCGUUUUCCCUCCCGCCGCCGUUCGGCGUUUCUCCGCCUCUGUUCCGUGGCCUUCGCGGCCGCCUUCAUUCGCCUGCGACUGUGUCGCCCAGAGUGACGUCACGGGCGUCGGCCCUUUCCAUUGGCUCAUUUCAAUAGUCGCGGGAUACUUGAACUGCAUGAACAGCCGCCGCUCCGGCGGGCUGCUCGCGACAUCUCGGGGGCGUCUUUAGCCCUCCACGCCCGGCAGUUCCUGCCUACGCCUUUCUCAACUUACUUGGAACUCCGUGAUCUCAAGCGGGCAGGCUGGCCCUGGCUGCGGCGGAUUGCUACGGCUGGAGCGUUUCUUGUUGGGGUCGGCGGGACGGAGUACACGCCGCUAGGCGCCCCAGGCUGAUUCCGCCGCGACCCCGGGAGCAGUGAUGUUGGGCAGCUCCGCGCCGGGGCCUGCGUCCCGCGAGGCGGGCUCGGCGCUGCUAGCAUUGCAGCAUACGGAGCUCCAAGAGGACCAGGAGAACAUCAACCCUGAGAAGGUGGCGCCCACCCAGCAGCCCCGCACUCGUGCCGGGCUGGCCGUACUCAAGGCUGGGAAUCCGCGCGUUCCAGCACCGCAGCAGAGGCCCAAGACACGACGGGUUGCACCUCUUAAGGAUCUUCCUAUAAAUGAUGAGCAUGUCACUGUUCCUCCCUGGAAAGCAAACAGUAAACAGCCUGCAUUUACCAUUCAUGUGGAUGAAGCAGAAGAAGAGACUCAAAAGAGGCCAGCUGAACCUAAAAAAACAGAACAUGAAAAUGUCCUGGCUUUUAAUUCAGCCAUUACUUUAUCUGGACCAAGAAAACCACUGGUACCUCUUGAUUAUCCAAUGGAUGGUAGUUUUGAGUCACCACAUACUAUGGACAUAUCAAUUGUAUUAGACGAUGAAAAGCCAAUGAGUGUCAAUGAAGUCCCAGACUACCAUGAGGACAUUCACACAUACCUUAGGGAAAUGGAGGUUAAAUGUAAGCCUAAAGUGGGUUACAUGAAGAAACAGCCAGACAUCACUAACAGUAUGAGGGCUAUCCUUGUGGACUGGUUAGUUGAAGUAGGAGAAGAAUAUAAACUACAGAAUGAGACCCUGCAUUUGGCUGUGAACUACAUUGAUAGGUUCCUUUCAUCGAUGUCUGUGUUGAGAGGAAAACUUCAGCUUGUGGGCACUGCUGCUAUGCUGUUAGCCUCAAAGUUUGAAGAAAUAUACCCCCCAGAAGUAGCAGAGUUUGUGUACAUUACAGAUGAUACCUAUACCAAGAAACAAGUCCUGAGAAUGGAGCAUCUAGUUUUGAAAGUGCUUGCUUUUGACCUAGCUGCACCAACAGUAAAUCAGUUUCUUACCCAAUACUUUCUGCAUCAGCAGUCUGCCAACUGCAAAGUUGAAAGUUUAGCAAUGUUUUUGGGAGAAUUAAGUUUGAUAGAUGCUGACCCAUACCUAAAGUAUUUGCCAUCAGUUAUUGCUGCAGCAGCCUUUCAUUUAGCACUCUACACAGUCACAGGACAAAGCUGGCCUGAAUCUUUAGUUCAAAAGACUGGAUAUACCUUGGAAAGUCUUAAGCCUUGCCUCAUGGACCUUCACCAGACCUACCUCAGAGCACCACAGCACGCACAACAGUCAAUAAGGGAAAAGUAUAAAAGUUCAAAGUAUCAUGGUGUUUCUCUCCUCAACCCACCAGAGACACUAAAUGUGCAACAGUGAAAGACUGCCUUUGCUUUCUAAGAUGUAAAUCACUCCAAGUAUAUGGUGUACAGUUUUUUCUAAGGUUUUAAUCUUUACAAUCAUUUCUGAAUACAGAAGUUAGGGUCAAAGUACAAAUUAUGGUAUCUAUUACUUUUUAAAUGGUUUUAAUUUGUAUAUCUUUUGUACAUGUAACUAUCUGAGAUAUUUGGCUAAUUUUAAGUGGUUUAAAGUAUUAAUGAUGCCAGCUGUCAGCACAAUAAGAAUAAGAAUAAAUGGAUUUAGAAAAUUUGGUUUUGUAAGUCAAAUUUGAUUUGACUACGGUAUCACUCAGAAAAAUUAAUUUCAUUUAUUAUAGAAGGGGACUGGGAAGGCUUCUCUUGUGUAGGAAAACGGAUAAAAGUUUGAGCAUCCAUUUUCCUAAGCCACUGGAUCAAUUUGGUGACUUGCGCAUAAUCCAAGCAUAUCUGGAAUAAAUCUGUGCUUAUUUAUCUGUUGUGAUGAUCCUGAGAAUCUUUCAGCUCUUUGUACACACUAUGAAAAUGCUUUUUCAUUCCUCAACUUUUACACUUUACUGAAGUGACAGUUAUUUAAAACCUGUUAAGUUGUCCAAAAGGUUUAUUUUAAAGCAUAAUGUAAAAAACUAUUAUGGAAUUGACUAGAUUUUAUAAUGGAUUUGUGAAGAGAAAAAUACCCAAAGUUAUUAGCACUGAAUAAAUAUCCUUUUAAUAGUUAUAUACACAAAUAUACAACUAUGUGAGCUUCAAUUAGCAGCUCUCUUCUUUUUUCUCUUUUUCACUGGCUUUUUACUUGGUGCUUUUUCUUGUUUUGCACUGAUGGUUUGUGUUCUGUGAAUAAAAUAAAUUAACAGUUUACUAACAGUAUUAGCACUACAAGCUGAUACCAUGGGUGGUUUGCCACACUCAUAAUAUUUUGCUCAUUAAUUUUGGAUUACCAAAAUAGGAGGCCUCAUUUUUUCCAAAAUAGGAGGCCUUAUUUCUUCCAGUAGAAUAUAGAACACUUGCCAACUAUGAGACUAAAAUGCAGUAUUACUUUAAAAGUAAUCCAGUUUUAUAGAAUUAGGUCCUAAUGUUUUUAAAUCUCAGUUUGAAGAAACCACAGAAAGAACAGCUGGAUUUCAAAUUAAAAAGGGGAUGUCUGUUUAUAGUAGGAUAAGAUGAGAAUAAAACCAGAAAAGUCUUGAGUAUGUGUAUACACUUGAAAUAAAUCAGAAACUUGUUACCUUA